UGGUUUGGCAAAUGGGCUGAGCAACAUAACCUCUUAUUUCGCCUCAGGCCAGGGUUUCACUCGCUUUCAGCCAUAGUUCUGCGAAUUUGACCCCAAAUCUGUCACUUAUCAACCAGUCAGCCUCCUCGGUCAAGUGUUUUUUUCCAUAGCUAAGAUGUUUGGUGACCUUCUGAAAAGAUUCUUCAAGCUUCCUUCCCUUCCUGUUAUCAAGGCCGACGAUGAGGAAUUAGUUGAUCCUCAAAACGUCUUAAGGGAAAAGUGUAACCAGGACCAUCAUGCCCAGGAAUUAUUCAAAAGGUUAGAAGAUUGCAACGCCAGAGUUCGCUCCAAGAAGAAGACCGCUGAAAUGUGUGAUGAAGAGCUAAUUGAUUACCUGCACCAUAUCGAUCACUGCGUAGCCAAAACUCUAUUCGAACAUUUAAAGUAAACAAGUAUGCUUUCUGUAUAAAAUCACCUGAUUCUCUAUUAUUUUAGUUUCUUUCCUUUUUUUCUCUCUCUUUCUCUUCUCAAUUGUAAUACAUUCUCUGUUGAUGAUUUGCAUACCAAGGCUGUUAGAUUAUAGAUGUAUGAAGUGGUAAAUAAAACCAAUCCUGUUAAACAUUA